CCCGAGAACAUCAUGCUUCUGGACAGGAACUCCCAGAGCAUCAAGCUCAUCGACUUCGGCCUCGCCCAGCGUAUCUCCGAGAAGGAAGACAUCAGGGCCCUCAUGGGCACCGCCGAGUUUAUAGCUCCCGAAGUCGUGAGCUACGAGCGACUGUCCCUCGCUACGGACAUGUGGAGUAUUGGCGUCAUCACCUACAUAUU